AUGCAGGUGGAUGUAGAGUGUGCAUGGCUGCAACACAGGCUCUCCAUGCCCCCUUUAGAGGUGGACUACCAACAACUUGAUCUUUCCGAACCUAAGAUCCUUCAAUCUGGGAGAUUACGAGGUAAUACUAAAAAGGUGGACAAUUUGCAAGAGAUCCAAUCAAUUGCUUCAGCCUCUCAGGAACUUGUUAACAAUGCCAGCUACACUGACAUAUGGGCUGGAAGUUGUUCUCAGUUUGAUGAGUUUUCCUCCCUAUUGGAGUUCGGAAAGAGCCAACAAAGUUUGAUAGAGAUAAGUGAUCUAGAAGAGGAGUUUAAAGAUAAGAAGAGAAAAGAGAACCUAAAAGGGGUGAAAAUAUUGAGCAAUGAAAUAAUAGAGAUAGCUCUAACGGAGCAACAGAGCACACCAAUUGAGAGCAUUCCAAGUCAUCAAGUAAAAGAGAAUGCAGAUGCUGAAGGAGAAGCCAAUCUAUACACAAAUUCGCCUGAUAAAGGAGGCAUUGGCAACAAACCCAUCUUUUCACAAGUUCAACCCGAUGAUUUUGCUCUUGGUUUCAUUCAUCCAUUGGAGGUCUACCAGCAGGACCACGACAACAAUGCUUAUGCCACGGAACCGGCAAUUGAUGUUUAUGAGAAAGUUGAAGUCAAGCAUGGGUUAUUUGUUUCAAGUGGGGGUGCAGCUGAAACAUUCUUUCUUCAUGUUGAGCCUUUGAAGAAGGUCAGGUUCCAUCUGAACCCAAUGGUUAGACAAGACAUGGCUGAGAGGAAUGAGUUUCCAACAAAAGAUAGAGGUAGAUUUUCUUUCUUUGGCUCGUUCAAGGCAUUUAUUGAAGAAAACACUCAGAAGAUGACAGGGAAGAUUUCCAUGAAGGCACUCAGAAGGUCCUUUAUUGGCGACAAAACAGUGUUUGGAAUGCUACAAAUUCUUGCAGUUCUGUUGACAUCAUGCAUUUAUUUCGGGGAGGUGUCAGAUCAAGCAAAUCUGAGGAAGCAAAUUUUUUCAAUGGAUCAUCCCAUGAAAGGAGAAAGAGAGGGUAGAUAUCUUGACGGACCAAAGAAAGCGAAGGAAGGUGAAGACAACAUUUGGUUUCUCAACGUCAGAGGGAAAAGCAUUUCCAGUACGUUUUUAAAUGGGAAAUGAUCUUUCCUCUCUGCAGCUUUCGCUCUCUAUGCUUCAAAAGUCACCGACUCCUGACCUUGAAGACAUAGCCAUGGCCUAUCCUUCUGUUCUGACAAUAUUUCAUUUAUUUGUAACUUAUAAAUAACAUACUGAUUAGCUGUAACCAGACACUUGUUAUGGUUACUCAAAACAUUAACAUAAAAUAUUUCAAGUAUACAAGAAUUAAAUUGUCAUA